GGGACGUCACCAAAGUGCACCCCAAUACAGGUACAAGAGUGCUGGUACCAGAUCCAGUUCUGCAAUGCACAGCAAAGUGUUAUACAAAGUCACUGUGAAGACUGGAGAUAAGAGAGGUUCGGGAACUGAUGCUAGGGUAUUUCUUAAGAUGAAGGGCUCUAAAGGAAAAUUCAGCAAGACACGUUUAUAUAAGAAAACUGGAUCUAAUGUAUCUCAACAAACAGCUGUGUUUAAAGUCUCCAAAGGGUCAAUUAAUACCUUUAAAAUUCAUGGUCCAGAAAUUGGAGAAAUCCAAAACAUCACCCUGGAGCAUGAUGGUCUAGAGAAGCAGCAAGCCUGGUAUGUGGAGGAGAUAACUGUGACCAAUACAAGCCGUGAGAAGACUUGGCACUUCCUAUGUCGACAGUGGCUAUCAUUGUAUCACACUGACUGCCAGCUCAGCCGCACCUUUAUGCCCACUGUUUCUUUUCCAACAGUUUAUGAGGUGGUGACUGUGACAGGAGAUGUACGAGGAGCGGGAACUGACGCCAAUGUCUUUGUUACUCUCUUUGGAGAGUUUGGGAUCACACCGAAGACUCAUCUUACCAGCAAGAGUAGAACUGCCUUUGAGAGAAGUAAAACAGAUGUGUUCCGAAUAAAAACCAACAAUGUUGGACAAAUAAAGAAGAUAAGAAUUGAGCAUGACAACACAGGAAUGAACGCAAGCUGGUUCCUGGACCGGGUGGUAGUGACUGACAUGAACAGGCCUCACCUCCGUUUUUACUUUUCUUGCAACAACUGGCUGAGCAAGGAUGAGGGCGAUGGACUUUAUGUCAGAGAUCUGAUGGGCAGCCUAAACCCCAUGGAUGUGCCCAAAGUUAACAAGUAUGUGGUCCGAGUGUUUACCGGAGACAUUAGUGGCAGUGGAACAGAUGCAGAUGUCUUCAUUAAUAUCUUUGGCGAGAAUGGAGACACAGGGGAGAGGAGACUGGACAAUGACAAGGACAACUUUGAAAAGGGAGCAGAGGACAAGUUCACCCUUGAUGCUCCAAAUUUGGGAAAGUUACGGAAAAUAACCAUAGGCCACAAUAACAAGGGUGGCUCUGCUGGCUGGUUCCUUGACAAGGUGAUCAUCGAAGACAUUGGCAAUAAAUCUGUGUACGAAUUCCCAGUUGGUCGCUGGUUUGCGUUGGAUGAAGAUGAUGGGAAAAUUCAGCGGGACAUUCUUGUGGGAGGAAGUGAGGCCACAGGUAUUGUUUACAAUGUUGCUGUAAUGACAGGGGAUGUCAGAGGGGCUGGCACUAACUCCAAGAUCCACAUAAUCCUGCAUGGCUCUAAAGGUUUAAAGAACAGUGGGAAGAUUUUCUUGGAAGGAGGUGAAUUUGAACGCGCCAGGACAGAUCUAUUUAACAUUGAGAUAGCAGCUCUUCUCAGCCCCCUGAGCAGAGUCACAAUUGGGCAUGAUAACUGCGGUGUCAGUUCUGGCUGGUUUUGUGAGAAGGUGGUGGUUUAUUGCCCAUUCACUGGCAUUGAACAAACCUUUCCUUGUGGGAAAUGGCUGGAUGAAGAUGAAGGAGAUGGACUGAUAGAACGGGAGCUCUAUGAAAUGGUCUCCCUGCGCCAGAAGAGACUAAAAAAAAAUCCCUGGUCACUUUGGAUCUGGACAAGUGACAUUAAGAAUGCAGGGACAGAUGCCAGCAUCUUCCUCCAGAUUUACGGAGACAAGGGGAAGUCAGAUGAAAUGAAACUAGACAACAAUUCAGACAACUUCGAAUCUGGACAAACUGACAAGUUCACGAUUGAGCUCCCUGAUCUGGGCACAUUUUAUAAGCUCCGGAUAUGGCAUGAGAAGAGGAGCCCUUUUGCUGGCUGGCAUCUAGACAAGAUAACUCUGCUGAAAACGCUGACAAAAGAGAAAUAUACGUUCAACUGUGGCCGUUGGCUGGAUGUAAAUGAAGACGACAAUGAGAUCAUCAGGGAGCUCCCUGCAGAGGGACCUCUAGUGACUGAAGUCAUGCCAGUGAUAAAGUACCGGGUGACCGUCUGCACCGGGACAGUAAGCGGAAGCGGAACAGACGCCAAUGUCUUCGUCAAUCUCAUUGGGGACCAGGGAGAUACUGGGGAACGUAUCCUCUUCAACAGCAUAAACACCAUGAAUAAAUUUGAGAAAGGCAGUGCUGAUGAGUUCUACAUUGAAGCUGUGACUCUGAAGCAGGUGAGGAGGGUGAGGAUAGGGCAUGAUGGCAAAGGAGGAAGCAGUGGCUGGUACCUUGACAAAGUGAUAGUGAGGGAAGAAGGGCAGCCAGAAAAUCAGGCUGUGGAAUUCCCAUGCUACAGAUGGCUUGACAAAAAUGAGGAUGAUGGUCAGAUUGUUCGAGAGUUAGUACCGGCUGGGGAUUCACCGAUCCUGAAAAAUGUCAGCUAUCACAUCAGUGUGAAGACAGGAGAUGUUCCUGGAGCCAGCUCAGAUUCUAAAGUUUUUAUCAAACUAUAUGGUGAAAAGGCAAACACCAGCAAGGAGCCUCUGUUAGUUUCUGAUAAUGACCUAGGCAAUUACUUUGAACGUGGGCGAGUGGAUGAGUUUAUUUUAGAGACACUGGAUAUUGGAAAGAUCAACCGACUUCUGAUUGGACAUGAUAAUGUAGGGCUCCGAUCUGGUUGGUUCCUCGCUAGUGUCCAGAUCACAGUUCCUGUCCAUGGAAGGCAGUACAUGUUCCCAUGCAACCGAUGGCUGGACAAAGACGAGGCUGAUGGGAAGGUGGAGGUGGAGCUCUACCCAAGUGAGAUUGUGUCCAUUGAGAAAUUGGUAAAUUAUGAGGUGUCUAUAGUUACGGGGGACGUGCGGGCAGCAGGCACCAAUGCAAAUGUCUUCAUGCAGCUUUAUGGCGAGACUGGCAAAAGUGAGUUGAUCACCUUGAAAAGCAGGUCAAACAACUUUGAGAGGGGAGCAACCGAUAUUUUUAAGGUACGAUGA